GUGAUGGGAGGCUGUGGUUUUAGUACGGGGGCCGAUGCACGAUUUUUGGGACCUUUUUCCAAAAUAUUCGUUAACUUAGGCCCUUGGCUCUCGUACUUUGAAAGGGAUGUGGGGCAAUUUCGCAUAGCAGGGUACACAAAUCGCUAGUUUUUAUACUUGUUAGUCUUAAGAUAUAAGGCACGCCCUUGGGAAGAAAACAAAUAAAUUAGGGGAGAGGAGACUUUUUUGUAUAGUGCUGUAUAGGAAGGACGUACAGUCUUUGCCCCUGCCUCCCCUAAUAUUUUUUCUUAUUGGGCCCAAAAGAAUUGUUAUAAAAAUUGAACAAUUCACAAGAAAGACUUUAUAUACAUAUUAUGUUUUCGUAGGUAAAUAAUGCUUGGGUUCGCUUAUGCAUUGGGGGAAUAUAUAUUUUUAUUACUGUUUUUUUAUAGAUUUAUAUUUAAGUUAGUUAUGGGGGUCUUAAGCCGCGUUCGGAUCCCCUUAAGAAUAUCUUUUUUGUUGUUAUCUAAUAUUUCGUUAUCACUAAAACAGUAGAGAUAAGAUGCCUUGUGGAAAUUUACUUUAUUUACACCCAGUAUUUGCACAAAUUAUAAGCACUUAGCAACAAUUAAUUUGUUCAAAUACGUGCGUACUCAUUAAAAAUUUGUUGUUUCCGCAUAAAUUGUUUAAGUUUAGGAUUUUGUUACUGUUUUGCCAUUUAAAAAUGCCAUUCGGAAUAAAUUUAUAUUCUAUUUACUUAAUUGGUUUUAUUGGACAAGGUGCAAUUGUACUGUGGCCACCAUUUUGACGAUCCUCACAGUUUUUCUUAAAGCAGCUUGAAUUUUUGAGUCUCCUUGAUUUUAAUGCAAGUUUGUAUUAGAAUCAACAAAAAAAAAAUUAUUAAGAAAACCAAAAAAUCUUGAAGCCAACGCUGUACAACCACUUAUCACCACAUUGCAUACGGGUCGAUCUCUAGCACGUCACGUUUCCGUUCAACGACGCUUAUACGAAGCGCAGAAGCGACGUUGUCGCUCGUCCCAAUGAUUACGUGCUGUUACUGAUUUUUCACCUUGUGCACCACCCUUGGAACGGAUCCGAAUGAAUCGCGAUCCGGCAACCGUGUUUCAAGAUGGCGUAAUACCGAGUGUUGUGACGCUAGUGGGUUGACGAGACGGCACCAGCUUUCGCAGGCGUUUGUUUAUUGGUAUUUUGUUAUUUGGUGCGCCAGUGGUCAAUUGGUAUCCGAGGAAAGUGAUGAGUGCGUUAUCAGACGAACCCACGUCGUGCCCCAUGGCGUUUUUCACCCCUAUUGUGGAGAUAGCUGAGGUGUCAGAGGCAGAAACACUGAAACCCAAAGAGAUUGCUCAAACAGAGAUAAAAAUAAAAGAGGAAGAGCCUGAUGGGGGAUUGUUGGAGGACAAACCACCUCAGCAACAAGUCCUGGUCAUCCAGGAAAUAAAAGAAGAGGAACAAAAACAAGAAGAAAAGAGUAUCGUUACCAAAGAGGACUUGGAAGAAGUUAAACAUGAACCAAAAGAAGAAGCCAAAGAGUGGAACGUGGACGACACGACCACACGUAGAACCAGCCAAAGAAAAAAGGGUAGACCAAGGAAAAUAAUCAUCGAGGACGAUGAUCCCCCCAAACCCAAACGAAAAUACACAAAAAAGUCGAAAAAAAUCCCUACAGGGGGUGACCAAGAAAAGCCUGAGCGCAAGCCCAGGAAACAAAGCACGCCAAAGAAAAAAAUGGCAGAAUCCGAUCUGCAGAAUUACGGCAGCGACGAGCUGAUCUCUCCCGAGCACCUGGACUGGAACAAAACCAUCACUUGCCCCAUAUGCAAAGACGACAAAGAGUGGAAACUCAAAGAGAUCAAAGACCAUUACAAAGAAUUGCAUCCCGGCAAGCGUUUGAGGACCUCCAGGUUCUUCGGAGACACACAUCCCUGCGAUAUAUGUGCGAAAGAAUUUAAAUCAGCUGGCAGUCUUAAGGACCACGUGGAGACCCACAAUAACUAUUACUACUGUGACGCUUGCAACCAUUCCACCAAAAAGAUCCUGGAUCACAUCAUUCACCUGAGGGCGCACAACGUGUUCGGGAUAUUCCAGUGUCUAAUGUGCGAGUUUAAUACCACCGAGAUCAACCAGAUGACGGAGCACGUGGUGAACCACGAGGAUCUCCUCAAGUACUGGUGCGAGUCUUGCAAGAAGUCCUUUAGCAUUUUACAGCAUUUCCAGGAGCACGAUAACUACCACACGGGGCUGAAGCCCUUCGACUGUCAGUACUGCGGGAAAUGCUUCUUGUAUUCGAGAUAUCUUCACGCGCACAAGCUCAACAUGCACAAGGAGGAGAUGCACUGUCCCAACACGUACCAGUGCGUGAUUUGUAGCAAAGUUUAUCAGCACAGGAACAGUUUGAAGUUGCACAUGAACUCCCACACUGGGAAUUUCGCUAUAUGUGAUAUCUGCGGUAAGACGCUGUCCAGUAAGGAGAAGUUGAAGUUCCAUUUGAGGACCCAUACUGGAUACAAGCCUUACAGCUGUCAGUACUGCGGAAAAUGCUUUACCAAAAAACCGAUACUAGUCGAGCACGUGCGAGUGCACACAGGCGAGAAGCCCUAUAUAUGCGAGUACUGCACCAAGGGCUUCUCGCAGCGGAGCAGUCUGGUGAUACACAUGCGUGGCCACACCGGGGAGAAGCCCUACGUGUGCCAGUUCUGCAGUAAGGGCUUUGUGGCCAAGGCCAUGCUCAACAUCCAUCUCAAGUCUUGCAAAGGGUUUUUCACAAAGAUGGAUUUUUGAAGGGCGGUUCUCUCCCCCUUAUAUCCUUUUGUUUUGUGCAAUUUUGUUUUUUACGGGUUGGAAAUCCUGGUCAAGAGAACUUACUUUAGUUCACUAAUUAUUUUCCAGGCUUAUUACAGAGGAUGUCAAUUAAGUGCCUAACAAAACUCCUCUGGAUCUUCUUGUCCAAGGAGCACUUAAUGGAUACCCUCUGUGAUUUCCUUGACUGAUUGAAUGUUUGGAUACAGGGUGCAUUUAAUUGAAGGGUACGACCGGCUCACCAGCCCGAUUUCGGUUCCGUUAACUUUAAUUUCCAUGUUAUGUUCCUAUACGUUUUUCACAUUUAUGUUAAGCACGAUCUGUAGCUACGAAACCAAAUAAUAAAAUUUUAGGUGUUAAGCUUCUGUUCACCAAAUAUAGAGACAGAUAUAGUGAUUAUAAAUUAGUCGGUAAGAGAUGAGCUACGAGGUUGCCAUAGAUGUAAAAUCUAGAAUUUUGAUUUAUAAAUAAAAAGUUGGUUUGUAAUAGA